AUAAUUUUAUUAAAGUUAUUUUCCAACUCAAACUAAAAACGAAAUUGAAACUCAAAACGAAUAAAAACUCAAACAAAAUUGGAUUUCAAUCUGCUGUCAUAUAAGGAAUUAAUUUUUUUUUAUUUUUGGAUUAUAUUGAACUAAAAAUCUAAAACUCGAUGAUUGUUUUAAAAUCAAUAAAACUGGAAAUUUUUAAUAUAAAUUUAAAAUCGGCAACGUGAUAUUUAAACAGCUAAACUCUCCCCAAAAAAAAGAAAGUAAAAUAACAGAAAAAAAACCUGCCUCAAAAAGUCUUAAGAAAGUUUAAGAAAAUAUUGUAAAUAUUAAGAAACGAAAAUAAAUCGCCGGCAAAAUAAAACGACAAAAUAUGAUUGUAGAUAAAACGGAAAAUAUGGGGGAGCAUGCCUGGACGAAGCUGCUCGACGAUAAAGAUAGUACAGGAAAAGGUGCUGUGAUUGUUAAAAUGUCCAAUAAAACCGAUAAUAGUCUUAUAACCGAUGUACAAAGUUUACAAAACACAAAAGAAACAAGUCCCCUUACCGGUGGCCUUGUCGACACCAGCGCCACCACAACAACGGCAACAACAACAACGACGACGACCCGAAAAGUUAGCACCGGCGAAUUGGUGACCAUGGAGACGGGCAAGGAUGGGGCCACCGAAUGUUUAACCAAAUUCACUAGAAAUAAUAAUGGCGAAGAGAAAAAUGUCAGUAUACAACGUAAAGAAUCAAUACUCGGUACAUUCCAUAGACAUUUAAGAAGAUCCAUAAAGGCUGUUAGUGAAUCACCGGGUCCCAUAACAAGGUAUCGUCAGACACGUUUUAGUUCUCGGCGUGUACGAAAACGUGUGAUAUUCAAACAUGGUGACUGUAAUGUGGUACAAGGAAAUGUGGCCAAAAGAAGACGAAGAUAUCUACAGGACAUUUUCACCACCCUCGUCGACGCACAAUGGCGUUGGACCCUCAUGGUAUUCGCUUUUAGUUUUCUCAUAUCCUGGGCCUUCUUUGGGCUCAUCUGGUUCACGAUAGCCUACGCCCACGGUGACCUCGAGUGGAUACAGAUGCGCGACGAGCAGCCUGAAUUAAUACAAAAUAUGACACACACUAUGUGUGUGACCGAAGUACGUUCAUUCAUAUCAGCAUUUCUAUAUUCGAUUGAAACUCAACACACAAUCGGCUACGGUAAUCGUUUCGUAACCGAAGAAUGUCCCGAGGCGAUAUUCACAAUAUGUCUUCAGUGUAUAACGGGUGUAUUUAUACAAGCAUUUAUGGUGGGCAUCGUGUUUGCCAAACUCUCGAGACCGAAGAAGCGCGCCCAAACAUUGCUGUUCUCACGCAAUGCGGUCAUAUGUCAUCGGGAUGGAGUGCCCUGUUUGAUGUUUCGGGUGGGCGAUAUGCGCAAGUCUCACAUAAUAGAGGCGCAUGUGAGAGCGCAAAUAAUAAGGAAGAAGGUCACCAAAGAGGGUGAAAUUUUGCCUUUUUACCAACAAGAACUUACCGUAGGAGCCGAUGGUGGUGAGGAUCGUUUAAUGUUUAUUUGGCCUACUACCAUAGUCCACAAAAUAGAUCGUCAUAGUCCUUUGUAUAUGUUGUCAGCCUCGGAUAUGUUAAAAGAGAGAUUUGAGGUGGUUUGCAUGCUGGAGGGCGUUAUAGAGUCCACUGGCAUGACCACACAGGCUCGUAGCAGUUUCUUGCCUUCGGAAAUCUUGUGGGGCCAUCGUUUUGUAAAUGUGGUUUCAUUCCGCAAAGAAACUGGCGAAUAUGAAGUCGAUUAUACGUUAUUCAAUAACACUUACGAUGUGGAUACACCUUUGUGUUCGUCCAAAGAUCUAGAUGAUCUUAAAGAAGAAUAUACCAAAAAUAAUAAAGCAGGAUUAGAUCGCGCUUUAUCCGUAGGCUUAAUUAAACAUAUUUCUUCCGCUGCCUCCGUGGAUCAUUUGGAUCCGGCCAGUGAUGAAUCUUUAGAUUCGGGCCGCCUACACAUACGCUCAAAUUCCAUUCCCAAUGGUGCUUUGGCAGUUGAACUAGAACCCUUAAACAAUAAUAAACCCUCGUUUGCGGUGGGUGGUUCCACCAUUAUACCAACCAUAACCACAAAUUUCCAAAGUAUUAAUGAGUUAAAUAAUUCCAAUACAAAUUUAACACCGUUAAUCAAAAAUAAUAACAACAACAACAAUAAUAAUAGCACAAACAAUGUACACAGUAGUAAUAGUAGUCUAAAGAAAUCCUCCAAUUCUCGACGUCUUUCCAUAAAACAAGAUCAGCUUCCUUUAGAUUCAUUAUGCUGAUAUUUAAGUAAAUUUUUAAAGAAAUUAUUUUGAAUUUUUUAUUUUUUAUUUGUCAUUUUAUUCGAAAUUAUUGUGUAAAAGUUGUUGGCCUUUUAUUUUUGUUUAUUUGUGCUGUAGAGAAGAGGAUUUUAAGAAGGCAUAGCAGAAUAGGAAGAAUUGUUGAGUUAGUGGAGUGAUAAAAUGUUGAAGCAACUUUUUGAAUUUUAAGAAUUUUUUUUUUGAAAUUUAGGUUGCAAAAAAGUUUAUUUUGAAUUUUUUCUUAAAUUUUACACUUUUUAUGGCGUUUUCUUUUCUUUGCAAAAAUGUUGCCUCUUUGCUUUUUAUUUGCACUUUUGUGUUGUAUUCUUAGAAAAAGGUUACACAGUGAACCAAAAUGAUAUUCUAUUUCCAAAAUGUCACCCUAUUAAUCAGGAAAAUGUUGCAUUUGGUAUCCUCAAUUUAGCUUUAGUCUCAGAAUGUUGAAUGUUUUAAGAGCUGAUUCUAUGUACUUUUAUUAGAAAUUUUGUGUUGUAUUCUUAAAAAAGAUAGAACUAUUAUAUUUUUCAAAAUGUCACCCUAUUAACGGCAAAAAUGUUUAAUUUUGUAUCUGCAAUUUUGCUCUAGUCUCAGAAUGUUGCCUUUUUAAAGAUCUGAAUCUAUUAAAAAGAUGAAUUUGAUAAAUUUAUUACCUUUAAAAUGUUUGUUCCGAAAACGUCUUUAUUUUUUUAAGAUUUUUUUCUGUAGUGAACACUUUUUAGCCGGUUUUUAUUUUGCAAAAAUGUUGCCUUUUUUGCCCCUUGGAAUUUUGCGUUCUUUGCUGAAAAAUGUUCACACAGUAAAGGAGAAAAAAUUUAACCCUAAAAGUGCAAACAAAUUUGAUAUUUUUGCAUUCAACGUGAAAAUGUUGCAUUAUUCAAACUUUGUUUGUUUAAGUUUUGGAAUAAAUAUUCAUCAUCAAUUGUUUUUUAAAAAAGCCAUUAAAUUUUGUUAAAAUUGUUUCCUAAUCCAGAGCAGAGCAAAUUUUUUUGCACUUUUUGUUAUAUUUUCUGAAAAAAGGCAACACUAAGAAGGGGAAUUAUGUUAUUUUUUUUUAAAAAUGUCACCCUAACAAUGAAACAGAUAUAAAAAUGUUUGCAAUUGGUCCAAAAAUUUUGCUUUUCCAAAAAAAUCAAUUAAAUUUUGUUUAAAUUGUUUCCUAAUCCAGAAUUGUUCAUAAAAAUUUCUUUUGUGGCGAAUAAAUUUGCAAAUUUGUUGCACUUUUUGUUUGGUUUUUCUGAAAAAAGGCAACACUAAGAAUAGGAAUUAUGUUCUUUUUUGAAAAUGUCACCGUAAAAAAGAAAAAGCUAUAAAAAUAUUUGCAAUUGGUCUAAAAAUUUUGAGUUUUUAUUUACAAGUAUAUUGAAGAAUAUAGCCCUACCUGAGAGGCAAAAUGUCUUUUCGCACUUAUGCAUUAAAUACAUUCAAGAUAGCAGGCUACAGCCUACAACCUGUCAAAACUUUGCACGACAACACGCACACAACCACCGUUGUAGCCAAGUUAAACUUAUUUCUUUAAUUUUGUCUUUAUUUUUUUCUGUCAGUAUAAUAAAAUAUGAAAUAAAUGGGAGUAUAAUUUGAAUGAAAUAAAAGUGGCAUCAUUAAAAUAUGUAUUUGAACAACAAUGUCAGCUGGUUACAAGGUUGCUGCGGUUUUCAAAAUAAUUAAAUAGCUGACUAUACGACGACAAUUGUUGCUAGCGGCAUUUGUAGUCGUGUAGUCCGUAGCCUGAUGUCCUGAAUGUGAUGAUGUUCACAACAUAAAAACUACUUUUUUCUGUCUGAACUUUUGUUUUGAAAUGAAAUAUAUUUUUUGUUAAAAAUUAAUGCAACUUUUAUUAAAAAUUUGGAUAUAAAACCAAAUCUGAAAUAAGAAAGAUUUUGGGUUCAGCGAAUAAGGCAAUAUUUUACGAAUGUUGUCCUGUAAAAAGGCAAAACAUUUAAAAAAAUAAAAAUUUGUUUUAAGCCAAGGUUUUAGGAAAAUAUUUUGAAAUAAAUUUAAAGGUUCUAUUAAAAAUUUAAAACUAAAUUCUCUAAAUAAAUAUAAGAAAACGAAAUUUUAUUUUUUUAAUUUUCAACCCUCAAACUUUGAUUAUCUCUAAAUCCUUCUUAAACACUUUUCAUUACAGCAUAAUUAUUAUUAUUAUUAUUCUAAACUCUUAUCCUUAAAGUCCUUUAAAUAAUGGGGACAUUUAAAGAUUAAAUGCCAUAUUUUUAAUUUAUAAGAUUAAGUCUAAUAGAAACAAGAAAGAAUUUAUAAUUGAUAUUAAGCCACAAAUCAAUUUAUAUUUUAAACAAAAACAUAAAUAUUUUUUUUAACAAUUUUUUUUUUAUUUUAAAGAAGGGUUUUAAUUUACAAAUAUAAUUUUCUUUUCAAAUUAUAAAAAUAAAAAAAAAACGUCAAAAAUUGUGAUUGUCUACAUAUAGAAAUUUAAAAUACAAAAAGAAAAAUAAGAAUAAAAAAAAAUAAAAUUGCACAAAAGCGCUUAAAUAAAAACAAGUGAUUUAAAACAGAAAAUACAUAAAUUAACAAUACACAUGCCUAUUUUUAUAUAAAUUUAUUAUCAAAAACUAAAAUACAAAAACGCUAAAAUAAAACUAAAUGUUUUUUUUAUAAAACACUUAAAAAUAUGUAGAAACUUUGUAAUAAAACAGCUCUUUUAAACAAUAGAAAACUGUGCAAGAGAAAAGAACAAUAAAAACUAAAACUAAAAACAGUUUUUUCAAAAUUUUUAAGCUAAACAUUUAUCUAAAACGCCAUCCAUUUAAAAAUAAUAACUAAAGUAAUUAAUAAUGUAUCCAUAGAAAGUGAUCAAAAUGUCUCUUAAAAUUUUUUCUAAUCAAAAUUUAUCAAAUAUUCAAUCUAAAAACUGUUUGAAAAUCUAAUUUUAUUUUCCAAAAAGCGCUUUAACUACACAAAAAUUAUUUUAAAAAAACGAAUUUAUAAAAACAUUUUCUUUUGUUUAUUAUAUUAGAAAUUAAAUUAAAAAACUAAAAUCUUGCCUCAUUUUAUUUAAAAGAAAUUGUCCAUAGAAAAAUUACAUUUGAUUUGUUAUUUAUCCUUAAAAAAAAAUCAAUAUUUUAAAAAUGAUAAUUGUAGUAAUUGUAAAUUAUAUAUUGAACAUAAAAAGUGUGCUAUAUUUUUUAGAAAAAGAGUCAAAUAAUUCAUUAUAUAUUUACACAAAAACAUAUUUUUCUAAAUGGACAAUAAAAUGUGAAUGAAAAAACCUAAACUAAUGAAAAAAUUGUAAAAAUGUAAAGUUGAAAAUUAAUGAAAAAAAACAUAUUGUUUUAAAUUUAAGUGAAAAAAGAUGAUAUAUAUAUAUAUGAAAAAACAACUAUUUUUAAAGAAAUAUAUUUUAAAUAAAAAAAAACACAAAUCAAUUAUAUAAAAGACGUAAAUUAUACGAAAAA